AUGAAAGUAAUUGAGUCGUCAGAUACGGUUACAUUUCCUCCUGGUGUGGAGUUCACUUUAAAUAGAAGGAUAGUUACUGUGAAGGGCCCUAGGGGAACGCUUAAGCGAGAUUUUGGCCAUCAGUCAGUUGAAAUGGAAAGAGUCGGAAAAGAUAAAAUUAGAGUACGAAAGUGGUUCGGUAUUAAAAAGGAAAUUGCUGCUAUACGAACAAUAUGCUCCCAUAUUGAAAAUAUGAUUAAGGGCGUGACGAAAGGUUAUAGGUAUAAAAUGCGUUCGGUCUAUGCGCAUUUUCCUAUCAACGUUUCAUUGCAGGACAAGAACACUGUUGUCGAAAUUCGUAACUUUUUGGGAGAAAAAAUUGUUAGACGCGUCCAUCUUCCAGAAGGUGUAACGGCAGUCUUGUCAACGACGCAGAAAGAUGAACUCAUUAUUGAAGGCAACGAUAUUGAACGUGUUUCUCAAGCAGCCGCCCGUAUUCAACAGUCUACUACAGUAAAGAACAAGGACAUACGGAAGUUUCUUGAUGGCAUUUAUGUCAGUGAAAAAACAACUAUUGUAGAAGAUUGA